AUGCGUGUUGCAUAUGAUGACUUUACAACCAUUGAUUGGAUCCAUGAUUACGCAGACGAGAGACAACGGAUUCGGAGAAUUCAACGAAUGCCGGGAGUGGCGGGCCAGAUUGCCAUCAUUUUUGAUUGGGCUCAAAGUUGGGCGGUCGUAUUGGCGGUUGGAAUCGCAGCGGGCAUUGUAGCAGGAGGAUCAGACAUUGCCUCACAAUGGUUGGGCGACAUCAAAGAAGGAUACUGUAGUACCGCAUUUUAUCUCAGUCGUAACUUUUGUUGUUGGGGUCUAGACGACAUGGAGGAAUGUACAGACUGGAUUCCUUGGAACAGAGCAUCAUUUAUUGUCGGCUACUUCUUUUACAUUCUAUUCGCUUUGAUGUUUGCUACCACCGCUGCCUAUCUAGUCAAGACAUUUGCACCCUAUGCAGAAGGCUCGGGCAUUCCAGAAGUGAAGACUAUCUUGGGAGGAUUUGUCAUUCGACAUUAUUUAGGAUUGGAGACCUUGGUGAUCAAGACUGUGACCUUGGUCCUUUCCACCUCUGCAGGACUUUCAUUAGGGAAGGAGGGCCCCUUAGUCCAUAUUUCAUGUUGUAUUGGGAAUAUUAUACCACGAGUGUUUCAAAAGUUCAAGAGGAAUGAGGCCAAGAUGAGAGAAAUUUUGAGUGCAGCGUCUUCAGCAGGGAUAUCUGUAGCAUUUGGAGCACCGAUCGGAGGUGUUGUGUUUGCAAUGGAAGAGAUGUCUUAUUAUUUCUCGUCGGAUACGAUGUGGCAUUCUUUCUUUUGUGCAAUGGCUGCAGCCGUGGCGUUGAAGUUGAUGGAUCCAUUCAGAACAGAGAAGUUGGUGGUCUUUCAAGUUUCGUAUGAUCGAGGUUGGCAUGGGUUUGAGAUGUUUUUUUAUAUGCUCUUGGGGAUCCUUGGGGGUCUUUGGGGUGCAUUCUUCAUCAAGAUGAACUUGAGGCUCGCAGCAUUCCGUAAAACAUCAUGGCUAAGGGUUUACCCUGUUUAUGAGGUUAUUGUGGUGUGCUUACUAACAGCGAUCGUUGGGUAUCUGAACAUCUUUACCAGAGUGCAAUCUCCAGAGUUACUAGCGAAUUUAUUCCGCGAAUGUGAUAGUGGAGCGAAUUAUCAUGGACUUUGCGAUAAUGGAGGUGUUGGCCUUCGAGUUUUUGCGCUCUUAUCUGCUAGUGGUGUCAAGGGUCUGCUCACGAUUUUAACGUUCGGUCUGGCGAUUCCUGCGGGGAUCUUCAUGCCUUCGAUGGUAAUUGGGGCACUUUUUGGGCGAGCCUUGGGGAUGAUGGUUCAAGCCUGGCAGGUCAACCAUCCAGGAUUUUGGUUGUUUUCGUCUUGUCUUCCAGAUGUGCCCUGUGUGACUCCAGGGUCGUAUGCGAUGGUGGGUGCGGCCGCCUUUAUGGGAGGUGUCACUCGUAUGACGGUAUCCCUGGUGAUCAUCAUGUUUGAAUUGACAGGCGCACUCACCUAUGUCCUUCCUAUCAUGAUUGUUGUCAUGACGAGUAAAUGGGUGGGCGAUGCAUUUGGCAAAGAAGGAAUCUUUGAUGGCAUCAUUCUGCUCUGUGGAUAUCCAUUCUUGGAUGACAAGGAGGAAUACAGACUGAAUACGACAGCUUCUCAGGUGAUGACACCGGUAGAAGAUUUGGUGGUAGUGACAGCGACAGGCAAUACAUUGGAUUCCUUGGAUAGUUUGCUACGUGAAACUCACUAUAAGGGUUAUCCUGUAGUGAAUUCACUCCGAGAUAUGAUGUUGGUUGGAUAUAUCUCCAGAACUGAGCUUCGGUAUGCAAUCGAUGAAGCCAGGAAAAGGAAUUUGCCUGGAAAUACCCCUGCGGGAAACGUGGUCCCAAUUCUGGAAAACACCCCAGCGUUCAUAGAGUUCCGAUUAUGGAUGGAUCAGACCCCCAUCACGGUCUCACACCGGUUCCCGAUGGAUCAGGUUAUUGUUAUUUUCAGGCGACUGGGAGUACGGUAUGUAUUAUGCACACAGCAUGGGCAACUGCUCGGCCUGAUCACAAAAAAGGAUGUCUUGAAACAUUUGGCAUCGAUCGAGCAUCCAGACGAACAAGAGGCCACAUCAUAA